AUCGAACAUAAUGCCACAAAAAUUAUUAAUUAUCAUUUUAUUGUAUUAAUAAUAACUUUUAAUUGAAAUGCCGCGAAUAAAGAAUAUCAAAUUGAACAAUCCAAUUGAGAAACAUUUCAAUGUGCUAACCCCGUAUCAUUAUUACUUUUUUUCUUUAAUAUUUCUAAGUAAAUUACCAAUAUUUUGGCACGUUUUAAGUCUAAUCUUUUUGUCACCUCCAAUGGACUAUUACUGUAAUACAACUGAAACAAAUAAUAUUUCCAAUGAUUUGAAAAACGUGUGCCCAUGCAAAGAGCCAUGGUGGAAUAGAAACGUGUUUACAGAGACUGUGCAAACGAAAUUUGGGCUUAUUUGCGAAAGUGCAUGGUUAAUCAGCUUUUCACAGAGCAUGUUGUACAUGGGAACGUUGUUUGGAGCUUUAGUUUUCGGGUUUUUAUCCGACAAAUACGGUCGUCUUUCUACAUUCACAAUGUCUUGCUUGAUACUUGCCGUGUCUGGAUGUCUAGUCAGUUCUAUGCCAACUGCAGCAUCAUUCAUCGUCAUGAGAUGUAUAGAAGGCAUUGGAGUGGGUGGGGCCAUAGUAACCGCGUAUGUACUAUGCAUAGAAUAUUGUGGUGUACGACACAGAGAAACAAUCACCGCACUUUACCAUGUUCCAAUAAAUUUAAGCCAUAUAACUUUACCCGGAGUUUCAUAUCUGCUAAGGCACUGCGAUGAGUUCCAACUAGCGCUUUCGAUACCAGUAUUCCUGAUCGUCGGUUUCAAAUGGCUUAUAAUGGAAUCUCCUAAAUGGUUGAUGGAUAAUGAUCACAUUGAACAAGCGGCUAUGGUGAUGGAGAAGCUAUCGAAAUUCAAUAGAACAUCCGGUGAAAUUAUAAAAGAGGAAAUAGAAGAGUUUCAUUCAACACAUACAAGUAAAAAUAGAAGAAGAAUGAAUUUUUGGCAUAUUUUCAAGCACAAACGAUUAGUACUCAAUCUUGGUUGUAUGUCAAUCAUAUAUUUUACAUGUGGAAUGGGUUAUUACGGUGUAUCCCAAUAUAUUGGUAAAAUGAGCGGUGAUAUACAUACAAACGUAGCCAUAUCUGGCACUCUACUGUUACCAGGGACAAUAACUGCUAUAUUCCUAUUGAAAAUAUUAAAUAGACGUACAUUUUUGAUGUCAACAAAUUUAUUAUCAGGUAUCUUUAUGGUUAUUGUAAUUUGUAUUCCAAACCAUUUAGCAUGGGUUAGAGUGGUGUUUGCUUGUAUUUGUAACUGUUUCUUUUUCAUGUCGUUUAUGAUUGUUUUUCUUUGCGGUGUAGAAUUAUUUCCGACGUCUAUAAGAAAUUCUGUAUUAGGAUUCCUAUCUGUUUUAUCAAGAUUAGGACAAAUUGUGGCGCCACCUAUAAAUUCUUUACCAGAACUGUAUUCGGGAAUUACCUUUGGUAUAAUGGCAAUCCUUGGUGCUGUGUUAUGCUAUCCAUUGCCGGAAACUAAAAAUAUUGAGUUACCAUCAACUUUGGAGGAUUCAAGGACACUUUAUCGAAAGGCUGUUAAUGUUGGAAAUCAAGGAAAAAAAAUUUCUGUUGAACAAUAGUAAUACAAUUAUGAUUAGUAAUUUAUUCCAAUAAAAACAUCAAAGAAAUAUAGAAAAACUUAUUUUAUUAUUCAAGAAAAUUCGUUCGAAGGGUCUGAAGACUGAAGAUCCUUGGAAUCUGCAACUCUUUAGUUGUUGAUAUGAUACGACUCCAACUUUUUCCUUAAUCUCUUUAAUAUAGCUGUGUCUUGACCUUUCCUUCUAUAAUAUUAUUUAUAAGUUCUACAUGUCGUAUCAAGUACCCCAACAUUUCCCCUAGCCUAUUCUUAAUUAUUUUUCAUCUGUCUUAUUUCUUUAGCCGUUUGCAAUACUUCUUCAUUUCUUAUUUUAUUUUUCCAUAAAAGAUAUGAAUAUAUAAAAAAACAUCGAUUGUAUUCCACGUAUAUCGUAGAAAUUAUUAGCUAUUUAUGAAAACUCCGAUGAGAAAAGUUUAUUGCGAUACCCAUUAUGCCUCCCUUUAUGUUUAGGCGGCCCGGCCCGGUCUCAGGGCGGUUACAAACUACGAAAACGUAACGGAGCGUCUUCCGUUGCGUUGUAGACCGUUACGGGCAAGUAAUUUACAAUAAAACAAAAGCAACCCGCGACAUUGUUAUUUUCAAUAAGCUCCCAUACCGGAGAUAAUGAAAAAAGUUUUUAUUACUAACAAUAUGCGGUUUGGUUCAAAGGACUUCUAAGUGGUAGGGAAGGGACGCUCAAAUUUAACUUGCUUGUUCUUUUUGUGUAGUUUGUGACAUGAAUUUGUUUUUAG